GGAACACCAACCAAAAAAAUGGCAAAGGAUAAUUUAACAGCUGUUCUAUAUGGAAUUGAAGAUAUGCGUUUGGAACAACGUCCAAUUCCGGAAAUCUCUGACAAUGAGGUUCUCUUGGCCAUGGAUUGUGUCGGUAUUUGCGGUUCUGAUGUGCAUUACCUGGCCAAUGGACGCAUUGGUGAUUUUAUACUCACCAAACCAAUGAUUAUUGGCCAUGAAGCCGCUGGCGUUGUGGCCAAAGUGGGAUCCAAGGUCAAACAUCUCAAAGUGGGUGAUCGUUGUGCCAUCGAACCCGGUGUACCCUGCUACAUUUGUAAUUUUUGUAAAGGUGGCCAAUACAAUCUGUGUCCCGAUAUGAAAUUCUGUGCCACCCCACCCUACGAUGGCAAUUUGACCCGGUACUAUAAACAUGCCGCCGAUUUUUGUUUCAAACUGCCCGAUCAUGUAACAAUGGAAGAGGGUGCCCUACUCGAACCCUUGUCGGUGGGUGUUCAUGCCUGUCGUCGUGCUGGUGUGGGUCUAGGAUCGAAUGUUUUGAUUUUGGGUGCUGGACCAAUUGGUUUAGUAACCUUGCUGGUGGCACAAUCAAUGGGCGCAUCGAAAAUUAUGAUUACCGAUUUGGUACAACAACGUUUAGAUGUGGCCAAAGAAUUGGGUGCAACACACACUUUGCUAAUGAAACGCGACGAUGUUGCCGAAGAUGUGGCUAAGCAGGUGGAGAAGUUGAUGGGUGUGCAACCGGACAAAACAAUUGAAUGUUGUGGUGCAGAGUCGACAACACGUUUGGGUAUUUUUGCAACCCGUUCCGGUGGCUGUUGUGUCAUUGUGGGCAUGGGUGCCCCAGAAGUGAAAGUGCCUUUGAUUAAUGCCUUAGCUCGUGAAGUUGAUAUUCGUGGGGUAUUCAGAUACUGUAAUGAUUACGCUGCCGCGUUGGCCCUCGUCGCAUCCGGUCGUGUCAAUGUCAAACGUUUGGUAACUCAUCACUUUGAUAUAACCGAAACGGAUAAGGCUUUUGAAACUGCACGCAAAGGUUUGGGCGGAGCCAUCAAGGUUAUGAUCCACGUUCAGCCCAAGGAUACUAAUAAUAAGAAAUAGAAAUAUUCAAAUUAAAGAUUUAUGUACAUAAA